GAGGAGAGAGACAUCGACCUCGGCGGAAUUUUUACUCUGCGCUCUGGUAUUGAGAAAUCGGAACUUUCAUUUGAAACCAGACCGAGAGCUGCAAAAUGUGUAAGUUUUGAUUUCCGCACAUUCCGCUUUAUACAGGCGAUGAUAUUUGCAAUUGAAGAGAUUAACAGGAGUCCGAUUCUCCUGCCAAAUAUUACUCUGGGCUACAGGAUUUAUGAUUCGUGCCAUCUGCCUCGCCUCUCAGUGAAAGCGGCUUUCGAACUGAUCAACGGACAGGACCCAACAUCUCCGCAGCAGUCCUGUCACCCGUCCUCACUGGUCCCUGCCAUCGUGGCGGAAUCGGGAUCUUCGCAGUCCCUGGCGGUAGCGGCGUCAAUCGGUCCUUUCAAAGUCCCCAUGGUGAGCUAUUUCGCCACGUGCGCUUGUCUCAGCAACCGGCGAGAGUUCCCUUCCUUUUUUCGAACGAUCCCAAGUGAUUACUUCCAGGCCAAAGCGUUGGCCCAACUUGUCAAGCGAUUUGGAUGGACUUGGAUUGGAACGGUCAGGAGCGACAACGAUUAUGGGAAUUUUGGGAUGCAGGGCUUCACGGAGACGGUUCAGCAGCUUGGAGUUUGCAUCGCCUUCUCCGAGUCUUUCCACUGGACGUAUUCGAGGGAAAGGUUACUUCAUGUUACCCGCGUUAUACGGACAGCGUCCACGAAAGUCGUGGUGGCUUUUCUCGCUCAGAGCGACAUGACCAUUUUAUUGAAGGAAAUUGCUCGACAGAACAUUUCUGGCAUCCAGUGGGUGGGCAGUGAGGCUUGGAUCACCAUUUCGCUUCUGCCCCCAGAGGAGAACAGAAGGUUCGUUACUGGGGCCAUCGGCGUCGCCAUACGUAACGUGAACAUCCCGGGGUUCAAAGACUUCUUAACGCGUCUUCAUCCAUCUGCCUAUCCUGGUAAUCUUUUGGUGGAAGAAUUUUGGGAAACAACCUUCGGUUGUAGCCUGAAAAAGACAAACAACGACACAGGGAGCGCAACGUCGGCCAUUCAGCCUCCACAAUGCACAGGAACAGAGAGCCUAAAGACUGUGUCCAACACCUACACGGAGGCAUCUCAGCUGAGGGUGACCAACAAAGUUUAUGAGGCUACUUAUGCUAUAGCCCAUGCACUUCACAAUAUGCUUUCUUGUGAAAGCGGUGAAGGGCCAUUUGUCAAUCAAUCUUGCGCCACUCUUUCAAAUUUUCAGCCGUGGCAGGUGUUACAUUACAUGCAAUCGCUAAAUUUCACAACUAAGGUUGGGGAAAGGGUGAAUUUCGACGAAAACGGGGACUCGGUGGCUACGUACGAUAUUGUGAACUGGCAGGUGAAUAGCGAGGGGAAUGCCACUGUUUUGACAGUUGGACAUUAUGACGGAUCCGCGCCUUCAGAGGAACAAGUGAUGAUAAAUGAAGGAUCUAUUGUUUGGGCUGGUGGUCGCAGAAAGGUCCCUCGGGCAGUUUGUUCCAACAGCUGUUCACCUGGAACAAGAAAAGCAGCUCGCAAGGGUCAGCCUGUUUGCUGCUUUGAUUGCGUUCCGUGCGCCGAGGGGGCGAUCAGUAACACCACAGAUUCAUUUGAGUGCAUGAGGUGCCCCAGCGAUUCCUGGCCCAACGCCCGGCAGGACCGAUGCAUACAAAAGCACGUUGACUUUCUCUCAUUUGCAGAGCUCAUGGGAAUUGUUCUCACCGCGCUAGCGUUGACCGGAACUUGCUUCACUGCAACUGUAGCUGGUAUUUUCUUGCUUCACAAAGACACUCCGGUCGUGAAGGCCAACAAUUCGGAGCUCAGCUUCCUUCUUCUCCUCGCACUGACCCUUUGUUUCCUCUGUUCAAUUGCAUUCAUUGGCGAACCGUCGGCAUGGUCCUGUAUGUUACGCCACACCGUGUUUGGUAUUAGUUUUGUCCUCUGCGUUUCCUGUGUUUUGGGGAAGACUAUUGUUGUCGUGAUGGCAUUUCAGGCCAAACUACCCAGCAACAAUGUGGCCAAGUGGUUUGGUCCCCUACAACAACGCCUGACUGUGUUUCUUCUUACACUGCUACAGUGUUUAAUAUGCACCGUCUGGCUCAUCAAAUCGCCACCACUUCCUGUCAAAAACAUGGCCUAUUCUAACGAAGUGAUCCUUCUUGAAUGUGACGUGGGAUCCGAAGUAGCAUUUUAUUGCGUGCUGGGUUACAUUGGCUGUCUGUCAUUGGUUUGCUUCGCCGUUGCCUUUCUAGCACGAAAUUUGCCGGAUAAUUUCAACGAGGCCAAAUACAUCACAUUUAGCAUGCUAAUUUUCUGCGCUGUUUGGAUAUCGUUCAUUCCAGCUUAUGUCAGUUCUCCUGGCAAAUUCACUGUGGCCGUGGAAGUGUUUGCUAUUUUGGCUUCCAGCUUUGGCUUACUUUUCUGUAUUUUUGCCCCUAAAUGUUACAUCAUAUUGUUAAAUCCGGAGAGAAAUACAAAGAAACAUUUGAUGGGUAAAGUGUCCUCGUGA